AUGGAUCGCCCGGAGCCCGAGCUGAUCCGGCAGAGCUGGCGGGCGGUGAGCCGCAGCCCGCUGGAGCACGGCACGGUCCUGUUCUCCAGGCUCUUCGCCCUGGAGCCCGGCCUGCUGCCUCUCUUCCAGUAUGAUGGCCAUCAGUUCUCCAGCCCCGAGGACUGUCUCUCUUCUCCAGAGUUCCUGGACCACAUAAGGAAGGUGAUGCUGGUGAUAGACGCUGCGGUGACCAAUGUGGAGGACCUGUCCUCCCUGGAGGAGUACCUCGCUGGCUUGGGCAGGAAGCACAGGGCUGUUGGUGUGAAGCUCAGCUCCUUCUCGGUAGGUGAUGGGACAGUGGGCGAGUCCCUGCUCUACAUGCUUGAGAGGUGUCUGGGCCCUGCUUUCACACCAGCCGUGCGUGCUGCCUGGAGCCAGCUUUACGGGGCUGUAGUGCAGGCCAUGAGUCGUGGCUGGGAUGGCGAGUAA